GUCCUAGAGAGAGAAAAAGUAUGCAUAUAAAAGAUUAGAGGGACUGAGGGAGAGAGGCAAAAACAAGAAAACAAAACAAAGUAUAUAUCAAGAGUUAAGAGAGAGAGAGAGAGAGAGAGAGAGAGAGAGAGAGAGGGUUGUUGCCGAGUUAGCUGCAAGUAGCUUAAAGAAAACAAGAAAGAACGAAGAAAAAACCCUAACCCUAAAGAAAUGGUUCAUUUUGCUGCUCUGUGCUGUGAUGACCUGUAAGGCUUGUAUUUUUCAUCUUUAUCUUCACAAGUGAAACUAAUGCAAGUGAAGUUCACAUUUUUGUAGUAAUUUGUUGUGAAAUCAAGCCCUUUAUAAGCUGCUUUCUGGUGAUUGAUGUUUUGUUGCAUAGCUUGAGCUCUUUUACUUUGCUGGAAUUUUUGGUACCAGAAGCUAAGAAUUAGGGUUUAAUUGGGGGUUUUAUUUGAAGUGGGUUGCUCAGAUAGAGGUUGUGGCGUUUCUUUUUUGUCCCUUUUUUUGAGUCUCCUCCACUUGUUUGGCUUUUUGGUAAACCGGGUCUGUUUUAUUUUGGUGAAGAAAUUAAUUUUCUUAAGGUGAAAUUCGUAUAUGUACUUGGUGUUUGAUGUGCGAUCAAAAGGAACUUUUAUUAGCAGAAUUGGUCUAUAGAGAAGGCAGUUUCUGUGUUCUUUAUUGCUCAUCGAAUUGUGGAGUGUUUGGGGCUUGAAAAAGCUUUCAAAGGAAACUUGUGUUGGCUACCGAGAAUUGAGUGUCUCUGCUGUAAUUUUGGACUGUUGCACUGGAGCGUUUAGGGGUACCGGGGACAAUGUCUUCGUUGAGUAGGGAGUUGGUGUUUUUAAUAUUACAGUUCUUGGAUGAGGAGAAGUUCAAGGAAACAGUUCACAAGUUAGAGCAAGAGUCUGGUUUUUUCUUCAAUAUGAAACAUUUUGAGGAUCAAGUCCAGGCCGGCGAAUGGGACGAGGUUGAGCGAUAUUUGUGCGGGUUCACAAAGGUUGAAGAUAAUCGCUACUCUAUGAAGAUUUUCUUUGAAAUUAGGAAGCAGAAAUAUUUGGAAGCUCUUGACAAACAGGAUCGGGCUAAGGCUGUUGAGAUUCUCGUUAAGGACCUUAAGGUUUUUGCUUCCUUCAAUGAAGACCUAUUCAAGGAGAUAACUCAGUUGCUUACUCUUGACAAUUUUAGGCAAAAUGAGCAGCUUUCAAAAUAUGGGGACACAAAAUCAGCUCGUAACAUCAUGCUUGUGGAACUUAAGAAGCUUAUUGAAGCAAACCCAUUGUUUCGAGACAAGCUUACAUUCCCCGCCUUCAAAAGCUCACGACUUCGAACUUUAAUAAACCAGAGUCUAAAUUGGCAGCAUCAGCUUUGCAAGAAUCCUCGCCCAAAUCCUGAUAUUAAAACACUCUUCACAGAUCAUGCUUGUACUCCUACUACUGCUAAUGGAGCUCGCCCUCCUCCUCCCACAAAUAGUCCCAUUGUUGGACCAAUUCCCAAGGCUGGUGUAUUUCCUCCCAUUGGUGCCCACGGUCCAUUUCAGCCAGUUGUUUCCCCUUCUUCUGGUGCUAUUGCUGGAUGGAUGUCGAGCAAUAAUCCUUCUUUGCCUCACCCUGCUGUGGCAGCAGGGCCUCCUGGUCUCAUGCAGCCUUCUAGUGCAGCUGCCUUCUUGAAACAUCCAAGAACGCCCACAGGCAUGACUGGGAUUGAUUAUCAGUCAGCUGACUCAGAGCACUUGAUGAAGCGUAUGCGCACUGGUCAAUCUGAUGAGGUGUCAUUUUCUGGUGUAGCACAUACUCCCAAUGUCUAUUCACAGGAUGAUCUUCCCAAAACUGUCGUACGAUCCCUUAAUCAAGGAUCUAAUGUUAUGAGCAUGGACUUCCAUCCGCAGCAGCAAACAAUCUUGCUAGUUGGGACAAAUGUUGGUGACAUUAGCCUUUGGGAAGUUGGCUCCCGGGAUAGGUUGGCACAUAAACCCUUCAAAGUGUGGGACCUCUCAGCUGCUUCAAUGCCACUGCAGCAGACAGCUUUAUUGAAUGAUGCUGCAAUAUCAGUGAAUCGAUGUGUCUGGGGGCCAGAUGGACUUAUGCUUGGGGUUGCAUUUUCAAAACAUAUUGUGCAGAUCUAUACUUACAAUCCAACUGGAGAACUAAGACAGCAUUUGGAGAUUGAUGCCCAUACCGGCGGUGUUAAUGACAUUGCCUUUGCUCAUCCCAACAAGCAACUAUGCAUUGUCACAUGUGGCGAUGACAAGACGAUUAAGGUUUGGGAAGCUGUAGCUGGACAUAAACAAUAUACAUUUGAAGGUCAUGAAGCUCCUGUAUAUUCUGUUUGCCCUCAUUAUAAAGAAAGUAUCCAGUUUAUCUUUUCUACAGCAAUUGAUGGGAAGAUUAAAGCUUGGCUAUAUGAUUCUUUGGGAUCUAGAGUGGACUAUGAUGCUCCUGGACUUUGGUGCACCAUGAUGGCAUAUAGUGCGGAUGGUACUAGGCUUUUUUCAUGUGGAACAAGUAAAGAAGGUGAAUCUCAUCUGGUCGAGUGGAAUGAGAGUGAAGGAACCAUCAAAAGGACGUAUUCUGGCUUCAGGAAGCGUUCUUCAGGUGUUGUUCAGUUUGACACAACAAGGAGCCGCUUCCUAGCUGCUGGUGAUGAAUUUCAGAUUAAGUUUUGGGAUAUGGAUAAUACGAACAUGUUGACAGCAGUUGAUGCGGAUGGAGGCUUGCCUGCAAGUCCUAGACUGAGAUUCAACAGGGAAGGUUCCUUAUUGGCAGUCACAACUAGUGAUAAUGGUAUCAAAGUUUUAGCUAAUAGUGAUGGAUUGCGCAUGAUAAGGAUGUUGGAGAGCAGGGCUAUUGAUAAAAACCGAAGCCCAUCUGAACCCAUCAACUCUAAGCCUCUGAUCGUUAAUCCACUAGGGCCUGUGGCAAAUGUUUCUUCUGGCAUUGCUCCUGCACUGGAACGUUCAGAUAGAAUCCCCCCUGCUGUGUCCAUUGGCAGUCUUGGUACAAUGGACAGCAGUAGGCUUGUUGAUGUUAAACCACGGAUUUCAGAUGAAUUAGAAAAGAUUAAAAGCUGGAAAAUUCCUGAUAUCGUUGAUUCAUCUCAAUUGAAAGCUCUGCGUUUGCCCGACACUAUUGCAAAUGGCAAGGUUGUGCGGCUGAUUUACACCAAUUCUGGCCUAGCUCUGUUGGCACUUGCUUCCAAUGCUGUUCACAAACUCUGGAAAUGGCAACGCAGUGAAAGGAAUCAAUCAGGAAAGGCUACCGCAUAUGUUGCACCGCAGUUGUGGCAGCCUCCUAGUGGAACUCCCAUGACUAAUGACAUAAGUGAUAAUAAACCACCUGAAGAAUCUGCUGCAUGCAUUGCUUUAUCCAAAAAUGAUUCAUAUGUCAUGUCUGCUUCUGGUGGGAAGGUAUCUUUGUUCAACAUGAUGACCUUUAAGGUCAUGACGACAUUUAUGUCCCCUCCUCCUGCUGCCACAUUUUUAGCGUUCCAUCCUCAGGAUAAUAAUAUUAUUGCCAUUGGCAUGGAGGAUUCUUCUGUGCAAAUUUAUAAUGUCAGAGUUGAUGAGGUUAAAACCAAACUUAAGGGCCACCAAAGUCGAAUAACAGGACUUGCAUUUUCCCAAAGUUUAAAUGUCCUGGUGUCUUCUGGGGCUGAUGCACAGUUAUGUGUGUGGAGCAUUGAUGGAUGGGAGAAAAGGAAAUCGAGGUUUAUACAGCCACCUCCAGGUCGGCAAUCUCCAUUGGCAGGUGAAACUAAAGUGCAGUUUCACAAUGAUCAAACACAUCUGUUGGUUGUCCAUGAAAGCCAAAUUGCCAUUUAUGAUAGCAAACUUGAAUGUCUGCGAUCGUGGUACCCAAAGGACAGGCUUGCUGCUCCCAUUGCUAGUGCAAUAUAUUCAAGUGAUGGUUUGCUGGUUUAUACGGGUUUUUGUGAUGGUGCUGUUGGAGUUUUUGAUGCAGAUGGCUUGAGGAUCAGGUGCCGAAUAGCCCCUUCUGCUUAUAUUCCUUCUUUUGUGGCAGGCAAUUCUGCGUAUCCUUUGGUUGUAGCAGCUCAUCCAUCUGAGCCUAAUCAGAUCGCACUUGGCAUGAGUGAUGGUGCAGUACAUGUGGUUGAGCCGUCUGAUGUGGAGCUCAAGUGGGGUGGGCCAUCCUCCCAAGAUAAUGGGUCCCUCCCUUCUAAUUCAUCGAAUCCUUCUCUGAGUGGUCAACAAUCAGAGCUUCCCUCCAGGUGAUGGUGGCAAACUUAAUCAGCUCCUGCCACAGUCGUUAGCACUUACACAAGAGGUUUACUGAUUAUCCUUACUUUUUUGCCUUGAUUGGUUCCGUUAAGCUAUUCCCUGUUAUUCAUAUUCUUUGUAAAUCUCUCUCCAUCUCAUCCUCUCUUGUUGGGGCCAUUUCGCUCCUUUGGAUGUUUGAGAAAUUGUAUAAUUUUGUUUGUCACUAAAAUUGUGCAAGAAUAGAGGCUAAUGUUGCGAAUUUGUUUACUUUUUACGUAUAUAUAAAUACAUGUUUUCCUUGAAACGGUUGACUUUGAAACAAUCGAGAUAUGGGAGUAUGAAAGAUGAACUUUCAGACUGAAAAACUGAUCGGAUUUAGUGGAAUGUUAUUUGGUAUGUGAAGAAAUGACGGCUUCUUCUUUGUAAUUUUAAAGGAACCAAACUUGCUUU